CGGGGCGGCGGCUCGCGGGCUGGGGGUGCACGCCGGGGCCGCGGGGCCGGCCGGAGCCCGACGGAGCCCGGUCCCAACCGCCCGGCUCCGCUCCGCUACCGCUCCGGACACUCCGGCCCGCCCGCCCGGUCUCUCCCCUCCCGGGCAGGGAGCGGGGCCGCACAGACAAGAUGAUCGAUACCCCGGCGAGCGGCGGCGCUCGGGACCCGGUGCUGGAGCUGCCCGCGAUGCUGGAGCAGGAGCAGCGGGCCCAGCCCCGGGCCGCCGGGCUCCGGCUGGUCGAGGCUGCCCACGACAAUGGCCUGCGAAUGACCGCACGGCUGCGAGACUUCGAGGUGAAGGAUCUCCUCAGCUUAACUCAGUUCUUCGGCUUCCACACUGAGACGUUCUCUCUAGCUGUGAAUUUCUUAGAUAGAUUCUUGUCAAAAAUGAAGGUACAGCCUAAACACUUGGGCUGUGUUGGACUCAGCUGCUUCUACUUGGCUGUGAAGGCAUCAGAAGAAGAGAGAAAUGUGCCCUUGGCCACUGACUUACUCCGAAUAAGCCAGUAUAGGUUCACUGUUUCUGAUAUGAUGAGAAUGGAGAAAAUCAUACUGGAGAAAUUGUGUUGGAAAGUCAAAGCUAUAACAGCCUUCCAAUUUCUACAGCUCUAUCAUUCAUUCGUUCAUGAGAAUUUAAGCUGUGAAAGGAGAAAAUACCUUAAUUUUGAGAGACUUGAGACCCAGCUUAAGGCCUGUCACUGCAGAAUCAUGUUUUCUAAAGCCAAGCCUUCUGUCUUGGCCCUGUCUAUUUUGGCACUAGAGAUAGAAGAACAGAAACUGCUGGAGUUGACAGAGGCAUUGGAAUUUCUACAGUUACAUUCCAAGAUAAGCAACAGAGAAUUGACCUUCUGGAAGGAGCUAGUGUUGAAGUGCCUUACAGAGUAUUCCUCAAGCAAGUGUUCCAAACCAAAUGUGCAGAAAUUAAAAUGGAUUGUGUCUGGACGUACAGCUCGGCAGCUUAAACAUAGCUACUACAGAAUAACACACCUUCCUACCAUUCCAGAGGCCACCUCUUAACAGGAGUACAGUAAAAUGGGAAGACCAUCCUGUGACCUUGUCAACUGUUACACAAAUAUUUGACAAACAGUCUGAACCGUGAUCUUAAUAAUGAAGAGCUCACCUCAUGGAAAGAACAUGUAUCAUUUCAGACUAAAGAUCCUUCCAGCAAAUACCAGUUCUUUUCAUGAUGAAUUCA